CCCACAGGUGACCACGGCGAGGUAGGCCGCGGCCAGAUGUGGAGCGGGAGGACCGGCGCCUUGUUCCGGGCGUGGGGGCUGUGGCCCGCAGGGGUCCUCGGGCGGAGACCGCUAGGCUGCAAUGCUGCGUCUGUGGCAGGAAACAAUUCUCCCCAGUGUUGGAACUGCGGCGGCCCAGGGGGCCCCAUGCGGGGAGAAGAGUUCUUCUGCCCACAGUGCCGCGCGCUGCAGCCACCUGACCCCACUCGAGAUUACUUCAGCCUUAUGGACUGCAACCGUGCCUUCAGAUUGGACACAGCAAAGCUCCAGGAUAGGUACCAGCAACUACAGCGUCUGGUCCACCCAGAUUUCUUCAGCCAGAGGUCUCAGACUGAGAAAGACUUCUCAGAGAAGCAUUCGACCCUGGUGAAUGAUGCCUAUAAGACCCUUCUGGCCCCGCUGAGCAGGGGACUAUACCUUCUAAAGCUCCAUGGAGUAGAGAUUCCUGAAGGUACAGAUUAUGAAAUGGACCAGCAGUUCCUUAUGGAAAUAAUGGAAAUCAAUGAAAAACUUGCAGAAACUCAAAGUGAAGCUGCUAUGAAAGAGAUGGAAUCUAUUGUCAGAGCUAAACAGAAGGAAUUGACUGACCGUGUGAGCAGAGCUUUUGAACAAGAUGAUUUUGAAAAAGCCAAGGAAAUUUUAACAAAGAUGAGAUACUUUUCAAAUGUAGAAGAAAAGAUCAAGUUAAAGAAGAUUCCUCUCUAAUGAUUACUAGUUUAAAAGUUUUAAAAAUAAAGUUCUUGUAUAUUUCUU